AUGACAAGCAAUGUGGUUAUCAAGAAAGCUGAUCUGAGGGCGUUUACUAUUCCAUGCACUAUUCGGAUGCUCCAAUUUUCCAAAGCAUUAUGUAAUUUGGGGGCUAGUAUUAACUUGAUGCCAUACGCCAUUUACAAACAACUUGUAUUGGGUGUUCCUAAGUCUACCACAAUGCGACUCCUAAUGGGUGAUCGAUCUAUUAAGCUUCCCAUUGUCAUACUUUAUGAUAUUUUUGUGAAAGUUGAUAGGUUCAUAUUUCUGGCUGACUUUGUUAUUUUGGAUUGUGGCAUUGAUGCCGAAGUACUUAUUAUUUUAGGUGGACAAUUUUUGGCAACCGGAAGAACUCUUGUGGAUGUUGAAAGUGGUGAUUUAAAGUUCUGGGUAAAUGAUGAGGAGAUUACGUUCUAUGUGUGCAAAUCGAUGAAUCAACCUAGUGACAUUCAUGUGGUCUCAACAAUUUAUGUGAUUGAUGAAGCAGUAGCUAGUGUGAGUGAAAUGAUGUGUACUGGUGAACCCCAACCCCUUGAUGUUGUCCUUUCAAAUUAUGAUGAGGACGAAGUUCAAGGGUAUGAUGAAGUUGUGACUGCUCUAUCGGGAUUAGGUUCUCAUUCAAAAAAUCCACUGAAGCUCAAUAUUGAUCUGAGAAAUAGAGAUACCCCCCCCCCCGCUAAACCAUCCACGGAAGAACCUCCGAAGCUUGAGUUGAAAGUGCUCCCAUCUCAUCUUCGGUAUGUAUUCUUAGGAGCAAACAAUACCUUGCUCAUCAUCAUUGCAGCAUACUUGCUUGAGUUGCAAGUGAAAUUGCUUGUUGAGGUAUUAAAGUGA